AGGAACAACCACAGGCACAGCAGGAAGAAAAGCCAGAGGACGAGCAGGAGGAAGAGGAGGAAGAGGAGGAGAAUGUGACAGAGCAGAAAGAGGAGAGCAUAGAUUCAGAUGAAGAAGAAUGCAUGAUCAUUGAGCCAGGAUCCCGUAAAACAACAUGUAAAGCUGAGGAGGGGGAAUGGCCUAAGAGAGCGGACUACUCCAGCUACCAUCAGAUCCUAGCCAACUCUCUACUGUACCUGGGCAGGGUCCCCGACACCGCAGAGACAACCUCACAGGCGCACGUUACCAUGGAGACAGAGAAGGAUAUCACAGCUGUGGAGCACGCCACUGUGGCAGUGGAACACCCAGUAGAGGAGGAGGAGGAGGAAGAGGAGGAAGAGGAGGAGGAGGAGGAGGAGGAGGAAGAUGAGAUUGAGGAGACUAGGGAGGCUGUGACACAGAGAACCUUUGAGCACCCGUAUUUCACUGGAGACAUUCACCAGCAGCAGGACAAGGCUGAGGAAGAUGAGGAGGAGGAAGAGUAUGAAGAGGAGAGGAGAGAAGCAGAGCACCAGCCACAGGAGAUCCUGGAUGAAGAGGAGGAGGAAGAUGACAUUGAGGAGGUGGAUGAGAGAGUGCACCCUGUCGUCCUGCCCACCUCUAACUCCAUUAGCAGCAAUGCAGCAGCUCAGGGACCAGCCACACAAGGGGACAGAAGUACAGAGCACUACAUGCCCAAAAGGACCAGCCUCCUAGAAAACUACAACCCCCACAGGACCAGCCCAGGGGAGAACUACAACACCCACAGGACCAGCCUCCUGGUGAACUACAACCCCCACAGGACCAUUCCACUGGAGAACUACAAUCCCCACAGAGUCAGCCCCUUACAGCACUACAUCUCCCAUAAGGCCUCAGCAGCCUCUGACAUAAUCGAGGUGCGCUCAGAGGAUUCGGGGAAGGACUAUGAAGAUGAAGAUGGUGAUGAGGAGGAGGAGGAAGAUGAUAGUUUGUCUCAGAGGUGGACGGAUGAGUCAGAAACGUAUGAUAUGACCCGGGGAAAUCUGGGGCUCCUGGAGCAGGCCAUCGCCCUGAAGGCAGAACAGGUGAAGGGGCCUCGCGACCUCCUCCUCCUCCGUCACCCCGCUGUCACCCCGGAGCUCCACCACCGCUACUUCAGCAUGGACGACCGGCCCAAACACCUGAACGCCAUGCGCAACAGCUGCUUCAGCAGCAAAGCUGUCUCUACAGAGGGCAGCAGGCCAGAGAAGAGGGAGAUCAAAUGCCCCACCCCUGGCUGUGACGGGACUGGUCAUGUUACUGGACUCUACCCCCACCACCGCAGCCUGUCUGGUUGUCCACACAAGGACAGGAUCCCUCCUGAGAUCCUGGCCAUGCAUGAGAACGUGCUGAAGUGUCCUACUCCAGGCUGCACUGGACAGGGUCAUGUUAACAGCAACCGUAACACCCACCGCAGUUUGUCAGGAUGCCCCAUCGCAGCCGCAGAGAAGCUGUCCAAGAGCCUCAACCUUGACAAGCAGCAUCUCUCCCAGCCAAUCAGAGAGCACCUCAAAGAAAGUCCCAACAACAAUGACCGAGUCCUGAGGCCCAUGUGUUUUGUGAAGCAACUGGAGGUGCCUCAUUAUAGGCAGUACAGGCCCAACAUGAUACCCGCCACACCUCGUGCCAGCCUGGCCAAGGAGCUGGAGAAGUACUCCAAGGUCUCCUUUGAUUAUGCAAGCUUCGACUGUCAGGUGUUUGGAAAGCGUGUGCUUGCAUCAAAUAUACCGACCAGCGAAACCUCACCCAAAGCCUUCAAAACUAAAGUCUCGUCCCCAAAGUCUUCUUCUCCCAGCCUUAGCCUGCAUGGAGGUUAUGGAAAGACAGCCACCUCUUCUGCCUACGACUACUCCCAUGAAGCCCAGGCAGCCCACAUGGCCGCUACAGCCAUCCUCAACCUGUCCACGCGCUGCUGGGAGAGGCCUGAGAACCUGAGCACCAAGCACCAGGACCUGGCCAGCAAGGACAUCGGGGUGGAUGAAAAUGGCACUCUGGACCUGAGCAUGAAGAAGCCCGUCAAACGAGAGGGUACCAGCCCAGGGUUGUGUUCCCCGGACCCCUCCUCCUCCUCUUCCUCCCUGCACCACGGAGGCAGCAGUGGCAUGACCUCGCCCCACACAGGCCACGCCUACAAACAGGAACAGUGGGAGGAGCCUCUGGACUACACAAAACCCAACCGCCAACGAGAGGAGGAUGUAGAGGAGCUGGAGCACCACACAGCGCGGUCGUUUGCCUCGUCCGACCCUGAGGACAUGGACCUGAUGCAGGACUACCCCCAGGAAAGGAAGUACCCUGGAGAGGUCACCACCCCAAACUUCAAGGUCCAGUUCCAACAACCCAAGGACUGCAAGAAAGAUCUUCUCCUGUGCCCCACUCCUGGCUGUGAUGGCAGUGGCCACAUCACUGGAAACUAUGCAUCCCAUCGCAGUCUGUCUGGCUGUCCUCUUGCUGAUAAGAGUCUUCGUUCCCUCAUGGCGGCCCACUCUGCUGAGCUCAAGUGCCCCACUCCAGGAUGUGAUGGUUCAGGACAUAACACUGGAAACUACGCCUCCCACAGAAGUUUGUCUGGGUGCCCCCGUGCCAAGAAAGGUGGAUUAAAAACAUCUCCCACCAAGGACGACAAGGAGGACUCCGAGCUCUUAAAAUGCCCCGUGCCAGGCUGUGACAGCCUGGGUCACAUCAGUGGGAAGUACGCCACUCAUCGCAGUGCCUAUGGGUGCCCGCUAGCUGCCCGCAGGCAGAAGGAGGGGAUGCUCAACGGUAACCCAUUCUCCUGGAAGGCCUUCAAGACGGAGGCCCCCAACUGCCCCACCCCCGGCUGUGAUGGAUCAGGACACGCCAACGGCAGCUUCCUCACACACCGCAGUCUCUCUGGCUGUCCCAGAGCCUCCUUUGCCAGAAAGAAAGCCAAGAUCCCUGGAGAUGAAUACCUGAGCACCAAGUUCAGGGCCAGCGACGUUCUGAACAAUGACGAGGACAUCAAGCAUCUCAACAAGGAGAUCAAUGAGCUCAACGAGACCAACAACGAGAUGGAGACAGACAUGGUGAACCUGCAAACACAGAUCUCAUCCAUGGAGAAGAACCUGAAGAACAUUGAGGUGGAGAACAAGCUGAUUGAGGAGCAGAACGAGACGCUCUUCAUGGAGCUAUCUGGCCUCAGCCACGCCCUGAUCCGCAGCCUGGCCAACAUCCGCAUCCCACACAUGCAGGAGCCAAUCACUGAGCAGAAUUUCGACAGAUACGUGAGCACCCUGACUGACAUGUACACCAACAAGGAGUGCUUCCAGAACCCGGAGAACAAGGCUCUGCUGGAGAGCAUCAACAAGGCUGUGAAGAGCAUCAAGGUGUGAAAACCUCCACGAGGAAGAAGAGUGAAAACACCUAAAAGGAGAGAGGUGGCGUCGAGAGACUUGAGUAUAUUUAAAGAGAAUACGAAUACAAAAAGGGCAUUCAGGUUUUAUAAACGACAACUUAAAUUAAACCCAGGGAGCAUUCUGUAAAGGAGAACACGUAACUAGGACCAAAAUCCAAACAUGCUGCUGCUGGGAUCGGAAGGAGGAAGUGGAAUGGAACCAAAUCCUUCGGUUUGAAUUGAUGAACAAAAUAUAUAUCUGUUUCUUUGUUUUAUGUUACCUUCAUCGUUUUCAUGUAUGUCCUGAUUUGGAGGCAUCUCUGUUUUGGAGGCAUCUCUGUUUUGGAGGCAUCUCUGUUUUGGAGGCAUCUCUGUUUUGGAGGCAUCUCUGUUUUGGAGGUAUCUCUGUUUUGGAGGUAUCUCUGUUUUGGAGGUAUCUCUGUUUUGGAGGUAUCUCUGUUUUGGAGGCAUCUCUGUUUUGGAGGCAUCUCUGUUUUGGAGGUAUCUCUGUUUUGGAGGCAUCUCUGUUUUGGAGGCAUCUCUGUUUUGGAGGUAUCUCUGUUUUGGAGGCAUCUCUGUUUUGGAGGUAUCUCUGUUUUGGAGGUAUCUCUGUUUUGGAGGUAUCUCUGUUUUGGAGGUAUCUCUGUUUUGGAGGUAUCUCUGUUUUGGAGGUAUCUCUGUUUUGGAGGUAUCUCUGUUUUGGAGGCAUCUCUGUUUUGGAGGUAUCUCUGUUUUGGAGGCAUCUCUGUUUUGGAGGCAUCUCUGUUUUGGAGGCAUCUCUGUUUUGGAGGUAUCUCUGUUUUGGAGGCAUCUCUGUUUUGGAGGUAUCUCUGUUUUGGAGGCAUCUCUGUUUUGGAGGUAUCUCUGUUUUGGAGGUAUCUCUGUUUUGGAGGUAUCUCUGUUUUGGAGGUAUCUGUUUGACUGUCCCAAUUCAUACUGUAAUUCAAGGUUUAGUUCAGCAACAAUUUGGAGAAGAAAGAAAGAAAGAACGAAGGAUGGAAGUAGUGGUAUGGUGCCAGAUAAGACAGAGGGUAUGACCUGCCAACAUGAGGUGAAGAAAACACACUGGAAAACUGUACACAUUGUGUCCCAGAGAAGACACGAAGGCUUCAGCAAUGUUGUUCUGGGUCAGGAUAAGGUGAGAGGGCUUGUGUAUGAGUGGGUAGUGUGUGAUUCUGAGCACUACAGCACUCCUAUUGUGUAGAAGUGAAUGGAGAAUCCCUGAACUCUGGGGUCUUCUUGAGCAAUGGUUCAUGUGCUUAGUGUUGUUACUGCAGCAAGAUGUCAACAUGACUCCAUGUCUUGUCUCAAUUCAGAGGAAAGCAGCUCUUCAAGCGAAGAUUAAGUCACAAAUCAAUGGUUUCUUUUUCCUCUUCUGAAAAUCAACAACCUUCUCUAUAUAUCUGCUGGAAGAUCUGAGAGCAACAGAUGCAGCCUUCUUUCUUUGAACUGAACGGUGAUGGUAAUGGAGUGCACACUUGUCUAUUCCUGUUAGUUUGUGGUACAAUAUUUAUUGUUAUAGAAAUUAUUUACAUUUGUGAAUACGCAAAUUGUAAUGUAUUGUCAUUUUAUGUGUAUUUAUUUGAUUUGGUCUAUUUAUUUAAAAAAACAAUUAAAUGUAUAUUUAGUAAAUCAAAAAAUGCAACCCUGCUGGUCGAUCAUGGCCAUAAAGAUUUAAAAUAGGAAGUCUUCUACAUCAAUAUUUAAAAAGCUAUUUAGACAACUGUCCACACUUGAUUAUUUUAUAUAUCUUAUUUUAUUUUAAAUAAUUUGUAAACAUUUUUAAUUGCAAAUAUUUUAUAAAUGACAAUGUUUUGAUAAUUUUAUAAAGGUUUUCUCCUUCAUUUAUGCUAUUUCUUUUAUCUGUGUCUUCAGAUACCCACGGCUUAAAAAGAAAGUAUGUAUUUAUUAUUUAUUUCAUAUUAAAUAUUGAUAUGAUUGUAUAUUUAUUUUGUUAUUUAUGUGUGUGUUGUGAUGGCUGAGUAUCAGUAGUGUUAAAAUCCAUUUCUAAUAUUUAAAUACAAUUUUAAAAACCAUGCUCAGAAAGAAUAAAUAGAAUAUUGUUUGAUUACUUAGGCUUUCCUAGAUAUAUCAGCAGUUGUAAAAGCAAAAUAACUAACGAAAGCAAUCACUGUUCUGGUGGUGUCAGAGUGGCUUUGUGUCAUCGAUGAUUUAUUUGCUUUUUGUCAGGAAAAAUAAGACUAAGAAAAUAGACAGAUAUAAGGAUCAAAUGUUACCUCUCCAAGCGCUUUGUAGCGGCCAACACUGGCUUACCCAAAACAUCUUUAAUGUACUAUAGAUGUUUUAAUGCCUUUUGAUAAAUUAUUUUUCUCUUGUCAUUAUUUUCUCUCAAUGUGUUGAGCAGAAGCUCCAAAGAGCUCUGUUCCGGAAUGUUCCGUCUAGACUGGAUGUCUGGGUCUAAGACAUGUAAAGGACAUCUUCAAGAAAAAACUAAACCAUCAAGGAGGAUGACCUCUUUGACAAUUUAUAUCACAUCCACUUCUACGCCCUUGUAGCCUUAUUCUAGAUGACAUUUGUUGAUGCACAAAGUGCCACUACCACUCAGUUUCUUUCCUGAUUCUUUGCAUUCUGCAAUGUACGAUGUCUGGUCACAUGACAUGACCAGGGCGUCACAUGACAUGACCGAGAGUUGGGAUUGUUUCAGAUGCCUUUAUUUCUUUGCCAAGAUGGCCAUAAGUACACUAUAUAUACAUUCUGUAUAAAUAGAAUUUCAAAUGCUAUAUAUAUAUAUAUAUAUAUAUAUAUAUAUAUGAAUAGAAACAUACAUAUAUUUUUCCAGUGUAAUUGUUGACUAUUUUUCUCUUGUAUUAGCUUAUCAAAGGAACAGUAGUUGUUUGAGAGUUGUGACGACUAGAGGUGGUUAUGACUGUGGUUUUAAAGAUACUCAACAAAACCGUCAUUGUUUUUUAGGUUUCCUUUUCUUCUCUAUCCUUGAUCCAAACAUGAUGACGAUAAUAAUAAUAACAAUACAUGGGACUUAUAUAGUGCUUUUUCAAGGACCCAAAGUCGACAUGUUGUAAAUGCUAACGUCUGUUGUAAUGAAUCUGAAAUGACUGUCGUUUUAACUAAAUGGUUGGCUCUUUGUUCAAGUGUCGUGUGAGUGAGUUCAUGUAUAGAGGACUCUUCAUAGUAGUCACAUUGGCUAUAUUGUGCAGUACUGUGUCGUUAUGAUAAGGUUAUGAUCAUGUCAGCCCACUGAGCGGAGUUUUUAAACACGGAUCACAAUGUUAAAAAGCCAAUAGGGAAAGUGUAGUAGAUAGAUAAUAUGAUGAGGUAACCUAGUGGGAGACCCUGUGAUAAUAUGAUGAGGUAACCUAGUGGGAGACCCUGUGAUAAUAUGAUGAGGUAACCUAGUGGGAGACCCUGUGAUAAUAUAAUGAGGUAGCCUAGUGGGAGACCCUGUGAUAAUAUGAUGAGGUAACCUAGUGGGCGACCCUGUGAUAAUAUGAUGAGGUAACCUAGUGGGAGACCCUGUGAUAAUAUGAUGAGGUAACCUAGUGGGAGACCCUGUGAUAAUAUGAUGAGGUAACCUAGUGGGAGACCCUGUGAUAAUAUAAUGAGGUAGCCUAGUGGGAGACCCUGUGAUAAUAUGAUGAGGUAACCUAGUGGGCGACCCUGUGAUAAUAUGAUGAGGUAACCUAGUGGGAGACCCUGUGAUAAUAUGAUGAGGUAACCUAGUGGGAGACCCUGUGAUAAUAUGAUGAGGUAACCUAGUGGGAGACCCUGUGAUAAUAUGAUGAGGUAACCUAGUGGGAGACCCUGUGAUAAUAUAAUGAGGUAACCUAGUGGGAGACCCUGUGAUAAUAUGAUGAGGUAACCUAGUGGGAGACCCUGUGAUAAUAUGAUGAGGUAACCUAGUGGGAGACCCUGUGAUAAUAUGAUGAGGUAACCUAGUGGGAGACCCUGUGAUAAUAUAAUGAGGUAACCUAGUGGGCAUGGAUGGUGUAAUUAGCUUUUAGCCAGUGUAAUGAAACUCUCUUGGGCACUUUUUUAAAAACCAUUGAAUAUGCGAGCAUUUGAGUUUGGACUUUUUAGAACACACUGGGUUUUGGUCACUAGCAAAGUACCGGUAUUCACCCCAGCAGAAGAAACAAAGAACUGCAUAUUUGACCUGUUUUGUUAUAUUUAAUGUAAAUCUAAACACUGAUAUGUAGAAUGCCCUUUGCAUCAGUGUCCGGAGGGUUGAUUCAAUUGAUGGUAUCAGGUUUUUAUACAUGCCAGUAAUACUCUUCACACCAUACAAGGGGAAGCAGAGUUUGGCUCGCAGGUUACUGGAAAGAACUGACUAAAUCUGCAUAAUAAUAUGAUACUAGGGCAUUAGCCAAAGCCUGCGGCGAUAGCAGGGAUUGGAUCAAGCCCUCCAAGUGAAAAGAGAGGAACGUGUGGGAGUGGAGAUUGAAUUGCUGCAUUAGAGGUCUCCCUCUUGGUUUGGAAGAGGUGUUUGUUGCAUAAAUAUGUGUCCAUUACUCAGAAUGUCAAAACCUUUUAAUGGCUUCUCCCCUUCUGUAUUGUGUAACCUUUACUCAGGAAGGAGUUCUUGAUGCAUUUAGUUAAGAAAGUAGCUUAUUCUUCUCCCAACCCUUUAAUGCAUGAGCUUACAACACUACGAGAGUAUGAAGGUUGUGAUCAUUAGCGUAUCUUUUUUGAUAUGGCAUGACCCCUUUGAAACUAGUUGAACAGCACUGAGAUACUGAGAUUAAAUAGCAAAAUGACAGUCCAACACAGUUAUAAAGAUUAGGUACAGAACUCAAUGUAAUCAAGAGUGUUAACAACAACAGCUUGUCCGUUUGAUAGGGAGUGAUGGACAUAUUCUUCAUAUAAGGAGUUUAUGUGUUCCGUAUUCGUGAUGGUUCAGUAUUUUCUAAAUGGUCCAUUGGGAUGGGAUAGAAGCUCUGAAGCUGGACUGUGUUCCAUUGACACGGACCAGGGUGUUUGACUGGUCGGUUAAAUGCAUGGUCAUGUUAACGUUCAUGACUGCUGAUGAAAUGUGAUGGAGGAACAUGGAUGGUAUGUGAUUGUACCAUGGUAUGUGAUUGUACCAUGGCAUGUGAUUGUACCAUGGCAUGUGAUUGUACCAUGGUAUGUGAUUGUACCAUGGUAUGUGAUUGUACCAUGGCAUGUGAUUGUACCAUGGUAUGUGAUUGUACCAUGGUAUGUGAUUGUACCAUGGUAUGUGAUUGUACCAUGGCAUGUGAUUGUACCAUGGCAUGUGAUUGUACCAUGGCAUGUGAUUGUACCAUGGCAUGUGAUUGUACCAUGGCAUGUGAUUGUACCAUGGUAUGUGAUUGUACCAUGGUAUGUGAUUGUACCAUGGUAUGUGAUUGUACCAUGGCAUGUGAUUGUACCAUGGUAUGUGAUUGUACCAUGGCAUGUGAUUGUACCAUGGCAUGUGAUUGUACCAUGGCAUGUGAUUGUACCAUGGCAUGUGAUUGUACCAUGGCAUGUGAUUGUACCAUGGCAUGUGAUUGUACCAUGGCAUGUGAUUGUACCAUGGCAUGUGAUUGUACCAUGGUAUGUGAUUGUACCAUGGCAUGUGAUUGUACCAUGGCAUGUGAUUGUACCAUGGUAUGUGAUUGUACCAUGGUAUGUGAUUGUACCAUGGCAUGUGAUUGUACCAUGGUAUGUGAUUGUACCAUGGCAUGUGAUUGUACCAUGGCAUGUGAUUGUACCAUGGUAUGUGAUUGUACCAUGGUAUGUGAUUGUACCAUGGUAUGUGAUUGUACCAUGGCAUGUGAUUGUACCAUGGCAUGUGAAAACGAUCCUUUUCAGUUGAUAGUUGUGAAUGAUGUGGUCUCAUGUAGUGGUUGUAAAAACACAGUGUGUCUGUUUGCUCUGAUAAACAAUGAUCACAUACCUGUGAAUCUCCCUGAAUAAUGGUACAUAUAUUUAAAAAAAAAAAAAAAAAAAUUAAAACAAUGACCUAAUAUGUUAGUCUGUGACAGGCCAGGA